UCCAAAACAGCAUUGAAUGGGGACUGAUAGACUCUGCCCAACUGCAAAGCACUACAGGUCUACAGCCGUUCUUCAUUUCAGUUCCUCUGAAAAAAAUUACUACUGCUGAAGGAGGGUAUUUCGCUUUCAAAUUAUCCAGGUUUUCUCAAGAUGUUCUUGUCACUGCGUUCAUAUUCACAGUUCAUUUCCAUAAAUAGACAAACCCUAAAUAAUUCACCCUUUCUCAUGAAUCUCAUCCCUUUUCCUAGAAAUUGUUCUAUCUUACCACGGAGAUGCCCUAGAAGUCAUUCUUUUUGUACGAAAUCACUGGUACAAUCACACCAAGAUGCAUUCCCUCUGUCAGGAUUGGAGGAUGCUUUGAUGGGAUAUAUCACUGGAAAGAAGAAAGCAACAGAGCUGGCUCACUUGAUAUGGCAACGUAUUGUUCAAAAAGGGGAUUAUGUGGUUGACGCUACUUGUGGAAAUGGUUAUGAUACAUUGGCAUUGCUCAAAAUGGUAGCUGAUGAAUCAGGCAAGGGUCGUGUUUACGGGAUGGACAUUCAGAGUUGCGCUUUGAAGAAUACGUCCUCCUUGCUAGAUGAAUCUCUGAACACUAAUGAGAGAGAACUUGUUGAGCUCUUCCAUCUUUGUCAUAGUAGAAUGGAGGAUGUUAUUUCAGAAGGCAUCUUUCUGAGGCUUGUUGUUUUCAACUUGGGUUACCUUCCAGGAGGUGACAAAGCGAUAAUUACAGUGCCAGAAAAGACAUCACAAGCUUUGGAAUCUGCAUGUAGGCUAAUGGGACCUGGUGGACUUAUCAGCGUCAUGGUUUAUGUGGGACAUCCUGGUGGAAGGGAGGAGUACGAGACAAUCCAAUCCUUUGCUUCUGGAUUACCAUCCGAGAGUUGGGUUUGCUGUAAGUUUGAAAUGUUAAAUCGACCACUGGCUCCGGUUCUUGUAUUGUUAUUUAAGAAAUGAAUAUACGUUUCCUGUAUGCCAUUCAUUUAAGAAGAAAUAUAGGAUCUUAUAAGCUUCACUUUGACCUGCAUAUGAAACCGAUCUCUGGUUCGUAUGUUUCCUUUUUUACUGUACUUGCACAUAUUUGUUAUUGGAGCAUGUAAAGGGUCUUAUUUGUAUAUGCUGAGAUUCCCCUAGAUUUAGACAGUAACAUUUCAUAUUGUCUUCCGUAGUUGUACGUUCUCUGUAUGUUCAAAAUCCAGUAGUGUGGUGCAAUUUCUUUAGUUUUUGGGAGUAUAUGACAAGUUAGUUACUUUA